CUAGUGGCAUGGCAGCACACCACAUAUGCGCCAAAUAUGCUCCGCAGUGAUCCGCGGACAGAGGCAAUUACAGUGGCUCCGGUAUUCCUGGGGGAGAUCAAGGAGAAGUUGCUGCAGGCCAUCAAUCCGCACUGCAGGAUUGGUGACAUGGUGGCUGUGUUGGAAGUGAUCUCCAUGUUGGAGAAGUAUCCAAUUACUACCAAAGAGGUACUAGAGGAAACCCUACUUGCAAGGCUAAUUAAUGAUGUUCGUAAAAAUACCAGUAACAAGGACCUUGCCAAACGUGCUAAGAAACUGCUACGUAGCUGGCAGGAAGUGCUAGAGCAGGCUGCCAGGGGUACUGCCAACCCACAAGGUUCAGCCAAUGGUGGUAGUACCCACACCUGUAAGAUAGAGACCAAUCAAACUGCACUGUUUAGCAGAAAGCCUAUUCAGGACCUUAAGGGCAGGAAUGAUAUCCAGGAGGCACGUUCACCUAAGGCCGAAAAGGUGGCCAGUCGAAAAAGGAAAGGGGAAUUUAGAGAUGGUACCCAAGGGCUUGCAGGCAAACCGAAUCAGGAGCUGUUUCAAAAUUCUUCAUCACUCACCACAAAUGGAAUAGGAGGUAGUCCUCCAGAAAACAUACUUGGUCCUCUUGUUGGCAGUUCACACACUAACAGGUUUGCGACUGCUGAAAAUGAUAAACAUGGUAAAAUCCCAGUAGAUGCUGUCCGGCCGCCCACAACAUCCUCUGGACUUGUAAAACACUCAAGCACUUCCUCUUUACUAAAAGUGGGCGUCCUACAACCGCACAGUGUAGGGUUAGAAGCAACCCAUCCUCUUCAGCCACAAAGUCUUUGUGCACGCUGUUCCCCUUACAGCCCUCGUGGCACUAGGGCAGAACUAGUGGCAUGGCAGCGCACCACAUAUGCACCAAAUAUGCUCCGCAGUGAUCCCCGGACAGAGGCAAUGACAGCGGUUCCGGUAUCCCCGUGGGAGAUCAAGGAGAGGCUGCUGCAGGCCAUCGAUCCGCAAUGCAAUAUUCUUAACAUGGUGGCCGUGUUGGAAGUGAUCUCCAUUUUGGAAAAGUAUCCAAUUACCAAAGAGGCACUGGAGCAAACCCGACUUGGAAAGCUAAUUAAUGAUCUUCGUAAAAAGACCAGUAACAAGGACCUUGCCAGAUAUGCUAGGAAACUGCAACGUAGCUGGCAGAAAUUCAUAGCGCCAGUGGAGGCUGCCGGAGAGGCAAUGACAGCUCUGGUAUCCCCGCGGGACAUAAGAGCGAGGCUGUUGCUUGCCAUCGAUUCACACAACAAUAUUCGUGACAUGGUGGCUGUGUGGGACGUGAUAUCCAUGUUGGAGACGUAUCCAAUUACCAUAGAGGUACUGGAGGAAAUGGCACUUGGAGAGAUACUGAAUGAGGUUCGUAAAAAGACCAGUAAUGAGGACCUUGCCAAACGUACUAAAAAACUGCUACGUAGCUGGAAGAAAGUGCUAGAGCAGGCUGCCAGAGGUACUGCCAACCCACAAGGUUCAGCAAAUCUUGGCAGUACCCACACGUGUAAGAUAGAGAAGGGCAGGAAUGAGUCUCCUACAAGGGAUUUUGCAGUCUCUUCACCUCAUAGGUCUGUAGAGCAGUUGGUCUCUACUGACUACCAACUUCAGCAGUUACCUAGGGUAAUGCAACAGCACGCCCCACAAGGACGUCGUAGUGGACAGCCUAUGCAGAGUCUCCAGUAUCGAGCGCUCCCGGUGCCCGUGCCAUUGUGGUCCUCUCUACCCUCCGCAGAGGCAAUGACAGCUCUGGUAUCCCCGCGGGACAUAAGAGCGAGGCUGUUGCUUGCCAUCGAUUCACACAACAAUAUUCGUGACAUGGUCGCUGUGUGGGACGUGAUAUCCAUGUUGGAGAUGUAUCCAAUUACCAUAGAGGUACUGGAGGAAAUGUUACUUGGAAAGAUACUGAAUGAGGUUCGUAAAAAGACCAGUAAUGAGGACCUUGCCAAACGUACUAAAAAACGGCUACGUAGCUGGAAGAAAGUGCUAGAGCAGGCUGCCAGAGGUACUGCCAACCCACAAGGUUCAGCCAAUCUUGGCAGUACCCACACGUGUAAGAUAGAGAAGGGCAGGAAUGAGUCUCCUACAAUGGGUUUUGCAGUCUCUUCACCUCAUAGGUCUGUAGAGCAGUUGGUCUCUACUGACUACCAACUUCAGCAGUCACCUAGGGUAACGCAACAGCACACCCCACAAGGACGUCAUAGUGGACAGCCUAUCACAGAUCCUCAAACACCUCGCAGUAGCUACUCACCAGAGUCAUCAAAAAUGGACAGCGAUGACGCAGCCUCUGGUUCAGACAGACGCAAGAAAAAUAAAUCUCGUAGUCGAGGAGAUCAAGAAGGAUACUCAGCAGAUGGGAAUAGCAAACAAACCCGAGUAAAAAAGGAUCGUAAAUUAAAAUUUUAUUUCAUGACUGGGCAAAUAAAACCUUUAGCAAACAAAGAGCCACCCCAGGCAGAGAUUUUAGCCCCUUCAGAACAACACAGAACCGAGACAGACAAACAAGACCCCAAUCUCAGCCCGCCAAGUCCCUUUGAACAGACAGACUGGAAGGAGUUGUCUCAAAUGAAGAUCAUUCAGGCGGAAUGCAGUAAGCCAGAAGCUGGAAAGACUAAUGUUUUAGUGAAACUUGCCCUACCAAGUGAGCUGCCUGGAAAGAGCAGGGAAGUGACUAGCGCUGACCUAGACAGACUUCAUAAUCAACAUUGGCCCGGUGUCAAUGGCUGUUACGAUACACAAGGCAACUGGUUUGAUUGGACGCAGUGCAUCUCCUUGGACCCUCAUGGUGAUGGUGAGAGAUUAAUCAUCUUGCCUUAUGUCUGCCUAGACUGA